UUGACAUGUUUGUGAUGAGGUGUGAAUCGUGAAAUACCCUGUCUCGCUGAAAUGAUUUUUACGUAAAACCAUCCGUUGCCAAGACUUUUGUGAUGCUACAUUUGUGUUGUUAUUUAUCGAAGAAAUAAUCCUACGAAUACAAUAGAACAGUGCCUCAACAAUCUCCAUAAAUGACUAUAGAAACACGCAAUUGAGUCGAUUCCGAUAGGAACGAAUGGAGUGAUUUCCUUAUUAAAUAAUGAUGCAAACCAAUCUAAAAACUAAAGAAAUGUUUAUAGUCCGAGCGUUAGAGAAGAUAUUAGCCGAUAAGGAUAUAAAAAGGUCCUAUCACAGUCAGUUGAAAAAGUCCUGUGAGGUAGCUCUAGAGGAAAUAAAGACAGAGUUGAAAGAUGGCGGACAAGGAGACACACCUGAAAAUCCAACUUCAGGGACACUCCCACUGCCCAAGAAUGAUGCCUCCAACAUCAUCACAGCAGAGAAAUAUUUCCUGCCUUUCGAACUGGCAUGUCAAAGUAAAGCAUCAAGGAUAGUUGUCACUGCCCUGGACUGUUUGCAAAAACUCAUAGCCUAUGGCCACCUGACAGGCAAUAUUCCAGACUCCACUACUCCAAGAAAACUCCUCAUUGACCGCAUAGUUGAAACCAUUUGCAGUUGCUUUACAGGGCCCCAGACAGAUGAAGGUGUCCAACUCCAAAUAAUAAAGGCUCUCCUCACUGUUAUAACCAGCCAACAUGUUGAAGUACAUGAAGGAACAGUACUACUGGCAGUCAGAACAUGUUACAACAUCUACCUUGCAAGCAAAAAUCUUAUCAACCAAACAACAGCAAGAGCAACCCUGACACAAAUGCUGAAUGUCAUAUUCACAAAGAUGGAGAAUCAAGCAAUGGAGUCUGACCAUCAUCCUCCUGAAGCUCCACACAAAAUACCAAAUGGCAAUGUUGUCUCUGAAGAUGGACAUGCAAACCAUGUUUAUGAAGAAGAGAAGGAAGCUACAACACCUGUGCAAGAGAAAGAGCCAGGAAAUGAUAUAUUUGAAGCAAAGAUUAUUGCUAAACAAAUUGUAGAUUCUGUCAUAGAUAAUGCUAUUAGUAUUGCAUCUAAGAAAAAUGCUGAGGAAUUGAAUGAAAAUUUACCUGACAAUAAUGAGAAUCCUUCAGACUCCCAUGAUAGUGGAAGUGUGUCACAAGAGAGCAAUGGUCAAGCUGGCACUGAACCCUCUAUUACAAGAAUACCAUCACAAGAAAGUGUUGAUGUUGCAUCAGAAAAUGACAAUUCAGUCACUGCUAAGUUUACCCAUGUCCUUCAAAAAGAUGCCUUCUUAGUUUUCAGAGCUCUCUGUAAAUUAUCAAUGAAGCCUUUGCCUGAAGGCACCCCAGAUCCUAAAUCCCAUGAAUUGAGAUCUAAGAUUUUAUCAUUGCAUUUACUUUUAUCUAUUCUACAAAAUGCUGGCCCAGUUUUUAGGAACAAUGAAAUGUUCAUCACAGCUAUCAAACAAUAUCUCUGUGUAGCAUUAUCUAAGAAUGGUGUCAGUUCAGUACCUGAGGUCUUUGAACUCUCUUUGGCUAUUUUCUUAGCUCUCCUUCAAAAUUUCAAAGUCCACCUCAAAAAGCAAAUUGAGGUCUUUUUCAAAGAAAUUUUCAUGAACAUCCUGGAAACAUCUAGUUCUUCUUUUGAACAUAAAUGGAUGGUGAUCCAAGCUCUCACCAGGAUCUGUGGUGAUGCCCAGAGUGUGGUAGACAUCUAUGUAAACUAUGAUUGCGAUUUGUCGGCGGCAAAUCUUUUCCAGCGCUUGGUUAACGAUGUGUCGAAAAUCGCACAAGGUAGGCAGGCAUUGGAGCUGGGCGCAACUCCAAAUCAAGAAAAAUCGAUGCGUAUACGAGGCCUAGAAUGUCUCGUUUCAAUCUUGAAAUGCAUGGUUGAGUGGAGCAAAGAACUUUACAUCAACCCCAAUUUGCAAACGACACUUGGCGAGAGAACUACGAAGGAAGAUACUGAUCACCAUAGCAUCAAAUCUCAUGGUGGAUCAAGUCUAAGUUUAGUUUCAACUGGUUCCAGUAACAUUGGUAAUAGGGAAACUUUGGAUUCCCCUGAACAAUUUGAAGUAUUAAAACAACAAAAAGAAGUUUGGGAGACAGGCAUUGAACUAUUCAACAGAAAACCUAAAAAGGGGGUUGCUUUCCUACAGGAACAAAGUUUAUUGGGCACUUCAACAAAAGAAAUUGCAGAGUGGUUAUUGACUGAUGAGAGACUUGAUAAAACUUUCAUUGGUGAAUUCUUAGGCGAAAACGACGAACAUUCCAAAGAAGUUAUGUAUGCCUACAUUGAUUCAAUGAAUUUUUCGGAUAUGGAUAUUGUUGCUGCACUGCGUCAUUUCUUGGAAGGGUUCCGCCUACCCGGCGAGGCCCAAAAGAUCGACAGAUUGAUGGAAAAAUUCGCUUCUCGCUAUUGCGAAUGCAAUCCAAACAACACCCUAUUUUCCAGUGCUGACACUGUUUACGUAUUGGCGUUUUCCAUAAUAAUGCUAACAACUGACUUACACUCGCCACAAGUUAAGAAUAAAAUGACAAAAGAACAAUACAUCAAAUUGAACAGUGGUAUAAGUGACAAUAGCGAUCUGCCACGUGAAUAUCUAUCUCAGAUCUAUGACGAAAUCGCUGGUCACGAGAUUAAAAUGAAAAACGUAUCGAAACCUGGCAAACACAUGAUUUCUAAUGAGAAAAAACGCAAGUUUAUUUGGAACAUGGAAAUGGAGCAGAUAUCUACUGCUGCUAAAAAUUUAAUGGAGUCAGUAUCGCACGUACAGACACCAUUCACAACGGCAAAACACGUCGAACAUGUGCGACCCAUGUUCAAAAUGGCUUGGACACCAUUUCUUGCUGCAUUUUCUGUAGGACUACAAGAUUGCGAUGACCCAGAAAUAGCUUCGCUCUGCUUGGAUGGUAUCCGAUGCGCCAUUCGUAUCGCUUGCAUUUUCCACAUGUCCCUGGAAAGAGACGCCUACGUACAAGCACUGGCUCGAUUCACACUUCUCACGGCCAAUUCGCCCAUAACAGAAAUGAAGGCUAAGAAUAUCGACACAAUUAAAACUUUGAUUACUGUCGCUCAUACUGAUGGAAAUUACUUGGGCUCAAGUUGGUUGGAUGUGGUCAAAUGCAUUUCUCAGCUAGAACUAGCACAGCUAAUCGGGACAGGCGUGCGGCCUCAAUUUUUAUCCGGCUCCGGCAUCAAACCACAGCCAGAUUCCUUGAAAUUCAGCCUGAUGUCUUUAGAUCCAAGUGUCAAAGAGCACAUCGGAGAAACAAGCUCCCAAAGCGUGGUGGUAGCCGUCGAUAGAAUUUUCACUGGGUCCACGAGACUCGACGGUGACGCUAUCGUCGAUUUCGUCAAAGCUCUUUGUCAAGUAUCUCUCGAUGAAUUGAGCCACCCAUCGAAUCCUCGAAUGUUUUCUCUCCAGAAAAUAGUUGAAAUAUCAUAUUACAAUAUGGGUCGUAUUAGGUUGCAGUGGUCUCGAAUAUGGCAAGUUCUUGGUGAUCAUUUCAAUAAAGUCGGAUGUAGCAGCAACGAGGACAUUGCAUUCUUUGCUGUUGAUUCCUUGAGGCAACUAUCCAUGAAAUUCAUAGAAAAGGGCGAAUUUGCGAACUUUAAAUUCCAAAAAGACUUCUUACGGCCUUUCGAACACAUCAUGAAGAAAAAUAGUUCGCCAACAAUAAGAGAUAUGGUCGUCAGAUGUAUUGCACAAAUGGUUAAUUCGCAAGCCCCGAAUAUCAAAUCAGGAUGGAAGAAUAUAUUUUCAGUAUUUCACUUAGCAGCGAGUGACCAAGACGAGGCAAUCGUUGACUUAGCAUUCCAGACAACAGGGAAAAUCAUUACAGAGCUCUACGAAAAGCAAUUCCCUGCCAUGAUCGAUUCAUUCCAGGACGCCGUAAAAUGUUUAUCUGAAUUCGCUUGUAAUGCAAAAUUCCCUGAUACGUCCAUGGAAGCUAUAAGGCUGGUGAGAUCUUGCGCGUCAGCCGUGGGCGCCUCCCCGCAGCUCUUCGCGGAACACGCCGGCCUCGAAGGGGAACAGGGAGCUCCGGAAGAAGACAGAGUAUGGCUCAGAGGAUGGUUCCCCUUACUCUUCUCAUUGUCUUGUGUCGUCAGUCGAUGCAAACUAGACGUGCGCACUCGAGGCCUGACAGUCUUAUUCGAGAUUAUAAAAACGCACGGUGAUUCAUUCCGUCCGCACUGGUGGAGAGAUUUAUUCAAUAUACUGUUCAGAAUCUUUGACAAUAUGAAAUUACCUGAGCACCAAUUGGAGAAGAACGAGUGGAUGACUACCACUUGUAAUCACGCGUUGUACGCAAUCGUGGACGUCUUCACGCAAUACUUCGACAUUCUUGGCUCUCUUCUGCUGGAGCAGCUGUAUGCGCAGUUGCACUGGUGCGUGCAGCAGGACAACGAACAACUCGCGCGGUCCGGCACCAACUGCUUGGAAAAUCUAGUCAUUUCAAACGGAACAAAAUUCAAUGCAGACACUUGGAGCAAAACAUGUCAGAUAAUGUUGGACAUUUUCAACAGCACUUUACCUACUACGCUGUUGACGUGGAAGCCUGACGAAAACGAGGACGGCGAGACGCCGCAUGUGCGUCACGGUAUAUUGAAGAAGCCGCAAGGUGGGGACGAAGCGAAGUCGUCUAAUCGUGUAUUCAACAGCCUCCUGAUCAAAUGCGUAGUCCAGCUGGAAUUGAUUCAGACGAUCGACAACAUCGUCUUCUACCCGGCUACGUCUAGAAAAGAAGAUGCGGAGACGUUGGCUCUGGCUGCCGCGGAACUUACCGGAGGCACGCCGGGCACCGAGCAGGAGUGCCAGCGCGAGGAGCAGGGCAUGUACAGGCUGCUGAGCUCGCCCCAUCUGUUACGUCUCGUCGAGUGCCUGAUGUGCAGUCAUCGCUUCGCAAAGACUUUCAACACGAACAAUGCGCAAAGAAACGUACUUUGGAAGGCUAACUUCAAGGGGUCUGUCAAACCGAACAUGCUGAAGCAGGAGACGCAGUCUCUUGCGUGCGUCCUGCGGAUACUUUUCAAGAUGUACAGCGACGAGGCGCGGAGAGACCACUGGCUCGCUGUGCAGAAGAGUCUGAUAACGAUUUGCUGCGAGGCCUUGGAAUACUUCGCCGGAGUAACGAGCGAAGCCCACAGGGACGCGUGGACGUCCAUUCUGCUGUUGAUUCUCACCAGAAUACUGAAGAUGCCUGACGAAAGAUUUGCGGCACACGUGUCCAGCUACUACCCGCUGCUGUGUGAGAUCACGUGCUUCGACCUGAAGCCGGAGCUGCGAUCGGUGCUGCGGCGCGUGUUCAUCCGCAUCGGGCCCGUCUUCAACAUCAUCUCCAACACGCAAUAGCACGCUGUUAUUUUUAAUACAAAAUGGCCUUAUAACUAGUUUUGUAGGUUAAAGUAUGACUUUUGAUGUUAAUGUUAAAAUAAAAUACAUUUCGUUGAUUUCUUAAAUUUUAAUGUAAUAUUUGACAGCGAUCAGUACUUCAGUAGUAUUAAAAGUGAUCUAUUAUAUAAAUAUAGGGUGUAGUAGUCUUAUGUUUAAUUUAUAUAACUUAUUAUUUUAAUAUCAACAGUUAAAAAUUAUAAUUGUAUAAUAAAUCAUAGAAGUUGUAUCAUAAAUUAUAGUUUAUUCUGUAUAUUUGAAAGUUUUUACUGUAUGGGGAGCUGAAUUCACUCGCCGCCGUGGUUGCUUAUUACUUUGAUUUCAAGCUAGACUGAUCAGACUGUGAUUGCGAUUAUCAUUUCCACAGCUUUUGUGUGUUACAUUUCUAUUCCAUGGGGUGACUUCAGAACUCGCACGCAAACUGAUUAUAUUAUCCUUAUUAAAAUAAAAAUUAUAAAUGAUA